AUGGCUGAGUCUAUUGACGAAGACAUGCCGGAGGAGGCUCAACCCCUACAGCAGGACCUGACCUGCCCCGUGUGUCGGGGCAUCUUCCGGGACCCCCUGCUGCUGCCCUGCACCCACAGCUUCUGUCGGGAGUGUGUGCAGAACAUUGUGAAGGUGAACAAGAAGUGUCCUGUGUGCAGAACCUUGUUUGAGGAAUUGCAGGCCAUCGCCAACCGCGCGCUCAACAGUACGUGCGAGACUUUCCUCAUGCAGUCCAAUUGGAUGCCGACCCGGAAGCGUCCCAAUGAGGAGGUCUGCAACCUGCACCUGAAGGCUCUGGAGCUGUACUGCGAGAAGGACGAGGAGCCGCUGUGUGUGGACUGUGUGGCCAUGCACAACACACACAAGCUCUACUCACUCAAAGAUGGGGCUCCGAUAUGUAAGAAGGAGCUGAGCUUCAAAGUCCAGAUUUUUGAAAAGAAAGUGGAGGAGUACAAGAAAUGGACACUCAAACUCAGCAAUUCAGUGGAAUACGUCAAGUAUCAAGCUGAGCAGGCAGAGAGGCAGAUCAAGGCUGAGUUUGAGAGGCUGCACAAGGCGCUGGUCGCAGAAGAAGCUCUGUGCCUCAAAGCCCUGUCCGAUGAGGAGGAGCAGAAGAUCGCCAGCAUACAGGGGAAGAUCGACAAAGUAAACGAGGACAUCAAGGCUUUGAAGGCGCUCUCUGAAACCCUGAAGAAAGAGAUGAGCAACGACGAUCUUCCCCUCCUGAAGAAUUUCCAGAAGUUAAAGAGAGAAGCUCAGUGGACUCAGGACGACCCUUGCAUCCCUUACGACUCGGUUUUGAACAUGGGCAAACAUGUCGGUGCUUUGAGCUUCAACAUCUGGAAGAACUUGCAGGCCCAUGUCAAAUAUAACCCAGUGGUGUUCGACCCCAACACCGCCUCUCCCUGGCUCUCCUUGAACCCGGACCUGUCCUCUGUGAAGGAAAGCUCGGAGCGGCUCACCGUCCCUGAGAACCCGCAGCGCUUCGAUCCCUGCGUCUUCGUGCUGGGCGCUGAAGGUUACAAGACAGGGAAACACAGAUGGGACGUCAUUGUGGGCGACAAUCCCAAGUGGAUUGUGGGAGUGUGCAAAGAGUCCGUGCCCCGUAAGAAGAAGUUCACAGUCUCUACUAACCGAGGUGUGUGGUCCAUUGGACUGAGCAAAGGCGUGUACACCGUCUCCACCCCUGAGCGUACGGAGCUGCAGGUGCAGCAGCGCCCCGAGAGGAUCCGCAUCAAGCUGAACAUGGAUAAGGGAGAGGUGUCAUUUUGGGAUGGGGGCACGACGAAGCACCUUGUCACGUUAACACACGAGUUUGAUGAGGAGAUGUUCCCUCUCUUCGGCCCUGGGCUCUAUAGUAGUCCUACGGUCCUGCCUCAGGGAAAGAUAGCUGUACACACAUCAUAGGCCGAUUUACAAAACUAGGAUUUGAAAUAAGAAUAAAAACCUUUUUACACACAACCUUUUUAAAGUACGAUACAUUUAACAAAAUGUCACUAUCAGUCAAACACAGAUUGAUUACAAGCAAAUAAAUGAUACAAAAUAAAAAGGGAUUGAACAAUACAAUUGAGAAAAACAAUCAGUGUAUAGAUAAUCAUGUAAAAAAUUUAAUUAAUUAAAUAUAAUAUAACAGUUUAUAAAAUGGAAACUUCAGAAAUUACAUUUUUUGUUAACGUAUAACUUUUCAAGUUAUUUGUUUAUCACAUAAACAACAAUAACAGAGAAGCAUUCGUUUGCUAUGGAAAUCUUAAGUCUCAGUCCCUCUAACAAUGCUAAUCACCUAAAAAUAAAAACAAAUAUAUAUGUAAGAAUAUAAUAUAUGUAAUAAAAUAUAGGGAUAAAACUUAAACUUAAAAAUUCUAGAGAUAAAAUCUAUUUCUAAUU